AUGAAGGCAAAAAAUAAUUGCAAUAAUAGUGCUUUGAUAGUAAAUAACGGUGUCUCAUUAGUGAAUAAAAGUGCUCUGACAGUGAAUAACUGUGUCUUAUCAUUAAAUAAUGAUGUUUCACCAGUGAAUAACAGUAUUCCAAUG